AUGGUGAAGAGUGGAGGAUAUAUAAACCACAUCUUCUUUAUCCAUUUGAGUCAACUUUUAAGACCAAGCUCUUGGCUCUCGGGUCAGGCUCAGGUAAGAAGUUUAUCUUUGAAUGUAUUUUUUUUUUUUUUUAAUGAAAGCCUUGUGUCUAUUCCUUUUGCAGAAGAGCAAAGGUAUGCUCGCCGGAGGCGCACACACUUUAGUGCAGAACAGCUUCAAGCACUGAAACAAGUGUUCGAAGAGACCAUGUACCCAGACUGGGUUACCAUGACGGAACUUAUUUCAUCUACUCAGCUAGACGAAUCCGUGAUAAAGCACCUCCUCUCUCCCCAGACUUGGUUUAAGAACCAGCGCGUGAAAAGGAAGAAAGAGCAGCAACAAACUGAUUCAAAUUCGUCACUAAAAUCAUCAAACCAGACGAUUUCAAUCAAAGAGGAGCAACCUCCCUUACCUGUAACUUCAGCAAACACUCAUCCCGGGCGUCCCAGCAUUUUGGAUGCCUGUGACCAUGAACUACCUCAGUCUCCUGAUAGCGUGCAAUCUGCAGGUGCUGGUCCCUCCAAGUGGAAUUCGUCUUGGGAUUCUCCACCUCAUGAUCUCCAACAGAUAUGUCUGGGGGACCCUGAUCCUCCCUGGGCCUCCAUUCCCUAUGACAUAGAUCAACUUAUACAACUAUAUGCCUUACCUGGGGAUGAUGAUCUAGAUCAGUACCUCUCCCCCAGGUGUCCCAGUUCAGGAGAUAUGGCUGACAUACCCACCCUUAUUGAGAAAGAUCUAUGAUCCAAAUCCUGACCAACUGAGAGACGUUUCCAAAGGCCUUUCAUGGGUCAACGAAGUCUAAAUGGACCAGAGCCCAGGAAUUUGCCUUUUUCUGUGAGAAGAAAGAAAUCCAGGAUA